AUGGGAUUGGACACUGAAUCCUUAGCUGUGUCACCUCAAUACGAGGACGCAAACGCACACGCCAGCGACAUCCUAGAACCGACCGUCCUCGAACUAUCCAAUCAAUCGAUUCUCAGCGCCUCCACACCGGUCUACCAAUUGAACGGGAGCGUAACAACAACCUCACUAAAGGGAUCAUCUAUCAUAUUCGAACGAAUAAACGGCACACCUAACAUAACAGACGAAGCAGCUCCUAAAUCAAGGACGAAACAUCUCUUCUACCUCGUCCACCCAUUAAACGCAGAAUACCGAACCGACGUCCCGGCAUACUACAUCACAUCCGCCUCAGGAGACGGGACGACAAUUGGCAAUAUUCGCUUCGAAGUAUCUAAGAAAUCGAUAUUUCAAAAGACCGAAUUCAAAGCACUCUUAAGCCCAAAGAGAAGCGCAUCUGAUACUCCCUUAUUUACUGAUGCCGAAAAAGUUCUCUUCCACGUUCAGCCUAAAUGGAAAGGUGGGCGGUAUGAAUGGGUAGAUUCGGAUAGAAAACAUCUUGCGUUCCAGGAUAGCAAGGGUGAUCAGCAGAAGCUGAUCAUAACUAUGGCUAUGCGGAGGGAGGUGAGAGAUGCGUUAGUUGCGUUGUGGAUGUUGAGGAUUUGGUAUGAUACUGCUGAGAGUAGGCAGGCGAAGAGAGAGGGUGAGUACAUAGCUGAGCUCAGUCUGAGUCUUUGCAGAGAUGGUUAUUACUAA